CUGCGGGGGCUGCUUGGACCUUGCUCGGGCCUUGCUCUUCCUGGGCUGUGGGACCUAGCAUGGCAGACGAUGCAGGUGCUGCUGAGGCCCAGGGGGACCAAUGCACGCCUGCCCAGUCCCUGGGCAGGCUGCUGAAGUUACCACUUCCACCACCUCGGAUUCGCACCCGGCCAUGGUGGUUUCCUGUGCAGGAACUGAGAGACCCACUGGUGUUUUACCUGGAGGCAUGGCUGGCUGACUCGAUCUUUGGCCCAGACAGAGCCAUCAUUCCAGAAAUAGAGUGGAUGAGCCAAGUCCUGCUGACGGUGGACAUAGUUAACUCUGGGGACUUAGUUGAAGUCACCAUCUUCGGACGGCCCCGUGUACAGAAUCGGGUGAAGAGCGUGCUCCUGAGCCUGGCAAACUGGCACCAGAAACAUCGUGCCCGAGCUGAGAAGAUGAAUCAACUUGAGGAGUUCUUGAAGACCCAUGCAUCAGGUCCCCAGACUCCUGAACAUCCUAUUGUGUAACUAUUUUCAGGAGCAUUGUGAGAACAGUCCUGCUUCUGCUGCUAAAGUUCAAGAGAAGCAAGUAUGCAUAAAUCUCUGCAUUCUUUUUUCCUGUGUCUUGAUGGGUAGUGCUCUGAUUAUUAUGAUGCAAAAGUGAGUUUGUAGUGCCAUUCUAGUAAAGAACUGAAUUUCCUUUUUGUCCAAUGCUAUAAAGAACUUUGCUGACUUAAAA